AUGGAUCUCAACAGCUUGAAAGACCAAGUGAGCAAUCUCACGCUCUACGACCUCAAGGCAGGAUUCCGCAAAGCCCAAAAUGCGGUGAUGAAUUACACGGAGAUGGAGGCCAAAGUCCGCGAGGCGACGAACAACGAACCAUGGGGUGCCUCAUCUACUGCGCUACAGGAAAUCGCCAAUGGGACCUUCAACUAUCAACUACUCAAUGAGAUUAUGCCCAUGAUCUACAAGCGCUUCACAGAAAAGGCAUCAGAAGAGUGGAGGCAGAUAUACAAGGCCCUCCAACUUCUCGAAUACCUAAUCAAGAACGGCUCGGAACGAGUAAUCGACGAUGCGCGCUCUCACGUCUCUCUCCUCAAAAUGCUACGCCAAUUCCAUUUCAUCGACUCCAACGGCAAGGACCAGGGUAUCAACGUCCGAAACCGCGCGAAAGAGCUCGCCGAUCUCCUCAGCGACGUAGAUCGCAUUCGAACCGAGCGUAAGAAGGCACGCGCAAACAGGAACAAGUUCGGGGGUGUUGAAGGCGGGGCUGGCCUCGGUGUGGGUGGCUUUUCCGGCACCAGCGGUGGAGGCGGUGGCAGAUACGGCGGGUUUGGCAGCGAGCAGGCAGACUAUGGUGGUUACAGAGGUGAGGUUUACGGCGAUGGUGGCGGCUUUGGGGGCAACCAGUCUGGCUUUGCAGACACCCAGCAGCGACGCGAUCGAUUUGACGAAUACGACGAGUACGACGAGGGCGACAGUGCUAGCCCGGCCCCGGCACGACGGAAGGAGACUGCAGCAGCCCCCCCAAAGAAGGAGGUCAAGAAAGAAGCACCAAAGCCCAAGGAACCUGAGCCUGUUGUGGAUUUACUGGCUUGGGACGAUGAGCCAGCGCCCACGUCGACAGCGGCAGGAAAGCAGCCUGUUGCUGCUGUAAGUAACGACUUUGGCGACGAUGACGAUUUCGACGACUUCCAGUCCGCAGCACCCGCAGCACCAGUAUCAAAGCCGGCCACAUCAGCUUUCAACAUGGCACCACCGGCAUCUACCUCUACCAUCACUUCCUCAACUCAAUUCGCUGCACCACAAGCUCAAUCUGCCGCGCAGAACAACAACUUGAGCAACCUGUUUGCUACCGUCUCACCACCACCGGCAAACAAGAUGAGCAUGCCCAUGUCUCAGCCACCUCAGCCCACAGGGUACCAAGCAGCAGGCCCCAACUACUUCACGUCUGUUCCUCAGCCUGCGCCUCACUCAGGAGCGUCUACACCCUCGGCUAUGGGCGGAAAAAUUGGAGGAGGUGCUCCUAAGAAAGCAGGUGGUGAUGCCUUCGCAUCUCUUCUUGCUGGAGCCGCGCCAAAGAAAGCGGCGACGCCAACGCAGAAGGUCACCAUGGGCGACUUGGCCAAGCAAAAGACAUCUCAAGGGACUAUGGGGUACUCCCGCAACUGCAAGUACGCCCCCCGCACAAACGCCACAAUCUGGAAACAAGGCUGGCGGUGCUUUGGGCGAUUUGUUGGGAUAGAUGACGACGACGGGAGUUAG